CUUUUAAAUGGGAAACCCUAAUUUUGAUUAAUAAUGCCAUCUGUCACCUAAAAUUAUUAAAACCCUAGUACCCAUCUCGCACCUGCCCGCUGCUCGCCGCUUCCGACCAAAAUUCCGGCUGAGUUAUGGUGGGGCUCUCGUUAGGGGAGCAAACGUUUAUAAAAGGUGGAAUUGAACAGGAUUUACGCACUGAUGGUAGGAAACGACUUACCUACCGACCCAUUUUUCUUGAAACCGGUAUCAUCCCUCAGGCAAGUGGCUCAGCAAGAGUGAAGCUGGGGGCAACAGAUGUUAUUGCUAGUGUAAAGGUCGAGCUUGGAAAGCCAAAUCCAUCUUAUCCCGACAAGGGAAAAGUUUCCAUAUAUGUCGAUUGCAGCCCGACUGCCGAACCAUCUUUUCAGGGCAGAGGGGGUGAGGAGUUAUCCACAGAGCUAUCUUCAGCACUUGAAAGGUGUUUGUUGGGUGGUAAAAGUGGUGCAGGUACGACUUACGAGCACAUGACAAUUAGGCUACGCUCGCUACAUAUUCAUUUGUUACAAUUUCUGGUCUCUGAAUUUGCUCCAGGUGCUGGAAUUGAUCUAUCAUCUCUGUGCAUUGUUCGAGGGAAGAAGGUCUGUUGGGAUCUCUACAUCGAUGGUCUUGUUGUUAGUUCAGAUGGUAACAUGCUGGAUGCUUUGGGAGCUGCCAUUAAGGCUGCUCUAAGCAAUACAGUGAUUCCAAAAGUUCAAGUUUCUGCCAACGCUCCCUCUGAUGAGACACCGGAGGUUGAUGUGAGCGAUGAGGAGUUUCUACAAUUUGACACGUCGGGGGUCCCUGUUAUAGUCACUUUAACCAAGGUCGGGGGGCAUUAUAUUGUAGAUGCAACUACGGAAGAGGAGUCUCAGAUGAGUUCAGCAGUGUCGGUCUCGAUCAACAGGCUAGGCCGGAUAUGUGGUCUGACAAAAAGAGGCGGCGCUGGCCUCCAUCCGACUGUUGUACUUGAUACGAUAUCUGCCGCUAAACAUGUAAGUGAGCAGUUGAUGAACAAAUUGGAUUCAGAGAUAGCUGCCGCCGAGGCUUGCGAUGAGAUGGAAUCUUAAUCUUACUAUGCCGAUUGUUUCUUGCGUGGGAAGUCCCAACUCUAAUUCAUAACUAUAGAGUAGGAGUAUAUCUAAUUUAUGUAGCAUUGGGUAGCCAAUUUUUUUUUAGGUUUGAAUUCUAGAGAAUUUAAAGUUUUUAUAUUUUUGAUGCAGUUUAACCAGAAUUGCCGAUUGAGAGUUUUCUUUUUCUUUAUUUUUCCUUGUUCAGACCAUAGUAGUACUAAAUUACAAAUACUAGAAGAUUUGUUAACC